AUGGAAUCGAUGGACAUGAAUUCAAUGGCAGCAUCGAUCGGCGUAUCGGUCGCCGUCCUUCGUUUCCUCCUCUGCUUCGUCGCCACGAUUCCGGUCUCCUUCGCCUGGCGAAUCGUCCCGGGUCGACUCGGCAAACACAUCUAUUCCGCAGCUUCGGGUGUCCUCCUCUCUUACCUGUCCUUCGGAUUCUCCUCCAAUCUCCACUUCCUCGGUCCGAUGACGAUCGGAUAUGCCUCAAUGGCGAUUUACCGACCCAAGUGUGGAAUCAUCACUUUCUUCCUGGGUUUCGCUUACCUCAUUGGAUGUCAUGUGUUCUACAUGAGUGGAGAUGCGUGGAAAGAAGGAGGAAUUGACUCUACUGGAGCGUUAAUGGUGUUAACGCUGAAAGUAAUCUCGUGUUCGAUGAACUACAAUGAUGGAAUGUUGAAGGAGGAAGGUCUACGGGAAGCUCAGAAGAAGAACCGAUUGAUUGGGAUGCCGUCUUUGAUCGAAUACUUUGGUUACUGCCUUUGUUGCGGUAGCCAUUUCGCUGGUCCGGUUUAUGAAAUGAAAGAUUAUCUCCAAUGGACAGAAGGCAAAGGAAUUUGGGACACUUCUGUGAAAAGAAAGCGUCCAUCUCCUUAUGGAGCUACGAUCCGAGCUGUGUUCCAAGCUGCGAUUUGUAUGGCUUUGUAUCUCUACUUAGUGCCUCGAUACCCGUUAACUCGGUUUACUGAGCCUGUGUACCAAGAAUGGGGAUUUUGGAGGAAGUUUAGUUACCAAUACAUGGCUGGACUCACUGCUCGUUGGAAGUAUUACUUUAUCUGGUCAAUAUCAGAGGCUUCUAUUAUCAUCUCUGGUUUGGGUUUCAGUGGCUGGACUGAUGAAACUUCGUCAAAGGCGAAAUGGGACCGUGCCAAGAACGUCGAUAUUCUCGGUGUCGAGCUUGCUAAGAGCGCUGUUCAGAUUCCGCUCUAUUGGAACAUACAAGUCAGCACUUGGCUCCGUCACUACGUGUAUGAGAGACUUGUGAAGAACGGGAAGAAAGCUGGUUUCUUCCAGUUGCUAGCUACGCAAACCGUUAGCGCGGUUUGGCAUGGGCUGUAUCCUGGUUAUAUGAUGUUCUUUGUUCAGUCAGCUUUGAUGAUCGCUGGCUCACGAGUUAUCUACCGAUGGCAACAAGCGAUCAGUCCGAGUUUAGGUGUGCUGAGAAAAGUCAUGGUGUUCGUCAACUUCCUUUACACGGUUUUGGUUCUCAACUACUCAGCCGUCGGUUUCAUGGUGUUAAGCUUGCACGAAACACUCACCGCCUAUGGGAGCGUAUAUUACAUCGGAACAAUCAUACCUGUCGUACUGAUUCUCCUCGGUAACGUUGUUCCUACGAAGCCCUCUCGACCAAAACCGCGCAAAGAAGAAUAA